GUCGCACGUUCGCAAAGGUUGCCUACAGCGUUUGAAUGUCGACAUCAAGACAGAUGGAAGCCGUGUCGAGGGAACGCACAAGGGAUGGAACACCCUGAUGCAUGCUCAACCCUGCGGACUUGAGGUCAUGGUUGCCCUUGGUCAUGAUUUUGUCCUGCGCCGAAACCUGCGAAUCAUGGCACGCAAACCGAUCAGCUCGCAGGACAUAUUUAUUGCAUCAACAUUCGGCUCUCACCAUCUUGCUCUGAUAUCGCAUGUUGCCAAACGGUGGAAUGCCCUGCUGCUAAAGGUACUAGAGGUUCACGGUAAUAGCACAACUGCGACACAGAUGUUGGCACAUCUGCCGCAGCUGCUCAUCAUUGAUAGCGGUGAGACAUUUGGUUUGGUUGCCUCACGCCACAAUGCCACUUUUGGGGGUCUCCUACAAUUGGAGGACAUCGAGGAUGUUAAAGAAGACCCUGAAGAUGCAAUAUUGGGAGUAGACCUACUGAAUGACAGCAGUCAUUUCGAUAUUGACACCCCACCAUUCGGAUCGGAAGGCUUAGCCAACAAUCUGCCCAAAACAAGUAGCCGCACGGACAGCUCGGUCAACCUAGGAGUCGAUGGGCAGGUCAAUCGACGAGGAGAUGGAGAAGUAAAGGUGCCUGUGAUGCGGGAGAUUCAACACAUUGACCUCACAAAUGAUAACAAUGACCCAGAUGACACACCGCCACAAGAACAAGCAACGGAGGAACUGUGCAAUGACUCAAUGAAGAAUAUGCCACCGGAGACAACUGACCGAAGGAAAAGGUCUGCGAAAGAAUCGAAGGAGGGCGGUCGAUCUAAGAAGCGAAUGGUCCCCACUACGGUGACAGAAGAGGAGGAGGGUGAGGAGGAGGCGUUAUCAUCUUUGAAUGACACCGCCGGCAAUGUUGAGAGAGGACAGAGAAAGCGAGCGCGGAUGCAGCCUGGACUGCCAGCAACCAGCACCCUACGCUAUGCAAGUCCAAGUCAGUCAACGGUCCCUCAACCACCCACCCACCCCUUCUUCCAGCUUCAUAGUACUGCAUCAAAGGCAGGUGCAAGUACUGCUGCUGCCAAAUGCACCGCCGAGCAACAGGAUGGUGCCAGCUGUUUAGUCACCUGCACAGAGACGAAAAUGCGCAAACAGACCACUGCGCUACUGCCGCUUCCUGACGAUAUGUCCGGACUGACUCGCUCGCAACGGCUCUUCUCAAUUGCGACCAAUAUUCAUAUCGACUCGCUGACCAUCAAAGAUGCCAAUGAGUUCUUCCUCUUCAUGGAGAUGCGUCGCGAGAGCAAAUGGGCCUCCUUCAACAUGACUCCGAAAUGUUGGGUGCUCGCAACCGAGGAAUACAAUACACGGCUGGCGCAGAUUUUGAACGUUCCUACUCUGGCGGUGAAGAAGAAUCCGCGGGCAUUGAUGACCAAGCUUAGCGAGAUCGAGGCCAUCAUCUUGACUCGCCUCUCCACUCAAAACUUCACAUGUAAGCGUCUUAUACGAAAAGUGGAAGCACUACCUUCUGGAGCAAGCACUGCACAGCCGUUGAACUGGGAAAAGAUAUGGCGGAUGCCCAAAGGAUGGGGAAAGUAAGUUCACAAUUCAAUCAGAGCCAAAAACGGCGUGCUGGCUGAAUACUGACCUUGCUAAUUUCUAACGGCAGCGUCGUGCGAUGACCUGCACCCGCUGCAAGGCCAUCAUGUAUCCAAAGGCUAGUGGCUCAACGGAAAACCACAAACGCGGUUGCUGCUCCGAUGGCGUUCCUGUCAGACUCAAAACGGAGAAUGUUCCUCCAUGGCCUCAGCCUCUGCAGAUAUUCACAGAUGGAACUCACUUUCAUCUGGCCGCACUCACACGAAUGGUGGGCGAGGUGACCAGAAAGCUGUUUGUUGACAAGCAGUCACCGGGAAGCCUGAGAAUGGAGUAUGAAGCAUUUGCACAGAUGCUCCUCGAUCGGGUCGAACUCCUGGAUGGCAUUUGCCACUUCAGAAUAUACCGCGAGCUGCAAGUGAGUCCAUGGCAAACCGACAACAUCGUUGAGCAUGAAGGCACGAGUUAUGUCU